AUGGAGUGGAAACCCGAGGAAGAAGGUUUAAGACAAAUUCUAACGUUAUUGAAGGAGUCUCAAUCACCUGACACUGCUACUCAAAGAGCAGUUCAACAAAAAUUAGAGGAAUUGAAUAAAUAUCCAGAUUUUAACAAUUAUCUCAUAUAUGUCCUGACGAAGCUGGUAACAGAAGAGGAACCGACGAGAUCACUGAGUGGCUUAAUUUUGAAAAAUAAUGUGAAGUCACAUUAUAACAAUUUUUUACCAGAGGUCGCCGAGUUCAUUAAGCGAGAAUGUUUGUCGGCUGUCGGUGAUCCAUCACCGCUAAUCCGAGCCACUGUAGGCAUCAUUAUAACUACUAUCGCUAGCAAAGGAGAGAUCACAUCUUGGCCUGAACUGUUACCUCUACUAUGUCAAAUGCUUGACUCUCAAGAUUACAAUGUUUGCGAGGGAGCAUUUGGAGCACUACAAAAAAUAUGUGAAGAUACAGCAGAACUACUUGACAGUGAUGCACUGAAUAGACCAUUGAAUGUUAUGAUACCUAAAUUUCUUCAGUUCUUUAGACAUUCUGCCCCAAAAAUAAGAUGCCACGCUAUUGCAUGUGUCAACUACUUUAUUAUGAGUAGAACACAGGCACUCAUGUUGCACAUUGAUGCGUUUAUUGAAAACCUAUUUUACCUGGCAAGUGAUGAAGACCCCGAUGUGAGGAAAAAUGUUUGCCAUGCUUUGGUUUUACUGUUAGAAGUUCGAUUGGACAGAUUGAUUCCACACUUACCAAAUAUUAUUGAGUAUAUGUUGCUAAGAACACAAGAUCCUGAAGAGGGUGUUGCCCUGGAGGCUUGUGAAUUUUGGCUGUCUUUUGCUGAACAGAAUGUGUGUAGAGAGGUAUUGGGUCCUCGUUUGCCUGCAUUACUGCCGGUUCUGGUGAAAGGCAUGCGUUAUUCUGAGAUGGAUGUCAUUCUGCUUCGUGGUGACCGUGAUGAUGAUGCUGAUGAGCAGGAGCCCGAUCGGGACGCUGAUAUACGUCCUAGAUUUCAUAAACCACGCUCACACACCAUUAAACACAAUGUUGGAGGUGGAGACAGCAAUAUGUCCAGUGGUGGUGACUCGGACGAUGAAGACGACGGCACUGACAAUGACAGCUCUCUGUCAGACUGGAACCUAAGGAAAUGCAGCGCGGCAGCUCUGGACAUGCUGGCGAACGUAUUUGGCGCGGAUCUACUUCCUGUUCUCUUUCCCAUAUUGAAAGAGACACUUUUCCAUGACGAUUGGGUUAUUAAAGAAAGUGGCAUUCUCGCCCUUGGUGCGGUGGCGGAAGGCUGCAUGGUCGGUAUGGUGCCGCAUUUACCAGACUUAGUUCCCUACUUGGUCUGUUGUCUUGGUGAGCGCAAAGCACUCGUCCGAGCUAUAACCUGCUGGACUCUCUCCCGUUACUCCCACUGGAUUGUCGCGCAGUCACACGACCUCUACUUACGACCUGUUAUGACAGAGCUAUUAAAACGCGUUCUUGACAACAACAAGCGCGUUCAAGAGGCAGCGUGUUCUGCCUUCGCCACGCUUGAAGAGGAGGCUUGUACAGAACUGGUCCCAUACUUAGGCCACAUACUCCAGACACUAGUGUACGCUUUCAGCAGAUAUCAGCACAAGAACUUGCUGAUAUUGUAUGACGCGAUAGGAACGCUAGCUGACUCAGUCGGACAUCACUUGAACAAACCGGAGUACAUUAACCUGCUUAUGCCACCUCUUAUAACCAAGUGGAAUGUGUUAAAAGACGAAGAUAAGGACCUGUUUCCACUUCUUGAGUGCUUGUCAUCUGUAGCGACAGCCCUACAAUCAGGAUUUUUACCCUACUGUGAACCAGUAUUCAGAAGAUGCGUUUCUCUCAUUGAACAAACAUUAAAUCAAAAUAUUGCAAACACCCAGAGUCCUGAGCAGUUUGAUGCCCCCGACAAGGACUUCAUGAUUGUAGCUCUGGAUUUAUUGAGCGGUCUGGCUGAGGGCUUGGACGGUCACAUCAAUCACUUGGUUCUCAACUCGAACCUGAUGCAGCUCCUCUACCAGUGCAUGCAGGAUCCCAUGCCUGAGGUAUAUCCUGUGCGACAAUCCUCGUUCGCGUUGCUAGGCGACCUGACUAAGGCGUGUUUUCAACAUGUCCAUCCCUAUAUACCAGAAUUCUUGCCCAUCCUCGGCAUGAACUUAAAUCCGGAGAUAAUAUCCGUUUGUAAUAAUGCUACCUGGGCGAUUGGAGAAAUUAGCAUCAAAUUAGGUUCCGAAACGUCAAAAUAUAUUCCUUUAGUGUUGAACCACUUGGUGGAAAUCAUCAACAGACCCAACACUCCGAAAACACUUUUAGAGAACACAGCGAUAACUAUCGGUCGGCUAGGUUAUGUGUGCCCCCACGACGUCGCACCCGUUUUACAUCAGUUUGUACGCCAGUGGUGCACCUCCCUAAGGAAUAUACGCGACAACGAGGAGAAAGACUCAGCUUUCCGCGGCAUUUGCCAAAUGAUCCAAGUGAACCCGGGCGGCGUGGUACCCGACUUCAUGUUCUUCUGUGACGCGGUCGCCUCCUGGUCCCACCCCAAGGAGGAUCUGAAAGAGAUGUUCACCAAGAUCCUGCAUGGGUUCAAGAACCAAGUGGGGGAGGAGAACUGGCGCCGUUUUACCGAUCAGUUCCCCGUGCAGCUCAGCGCGCGUCUCACCGCCAUGUGCGGGAUAUAA